AUGGAUACCGAAGGUCAAGAUAUCAAUGCUGAAAACGCAUCAUCAUCAACAACGUCAAACGCUACAAACGCGACAACAACAUCGCAAGUUCCACGCAGUGGUUUACCGCCGUUUCCUCCCUUUAAUCCACACCAAGAUACAGCAACAGUGGGUCAAAGAUGGACUAAAUGGGUUCGUCGUUUCGAAAACUUGCUUAUAAGUCUUCGUGAGUUUGAUUCAACCGUUAGGAGAGGUUUAUUGUUAACCUAUGUAGGCGAGUCAGCCAACGACAUUUUCGAUAUUCUCCCCGACACUGGCACAACUUAUCAAGAAGCGAUCGAUUGUUUCACCCAACACUUCGUGUCACAAGGAAAUACAGACAUGGCUAUAUUCGAUUUUCGAGAGCUAAAGCAAGGAUCCAACGAAACGCUCAACGAAUACUACCGUCGACUGAAGACAAAAGCAGUACAAUGUAAUUUUCACAGCGAGGAAGCCGAGAUUAAAACCCAAAUUAUUCACAAAACCCGCGAUUCCCGGUUAAGAAAGAAAGCGCUUCGUGAGACGAUGACUCUCAAACAAAUUCUCGACUACGGGAAUACCUUAGAACGUACAGAUGAACAGUCUAAACGCCUCGAUAACGCCAGCAAAUUCCAAAGCGAAAGUAACGAAACAGUAAAUUAUAAUUACAACGAAAAGAAUUCAAAACAACAUCGAAAAUUUCCAACUUCCGGUGGAUCAAAUUCCAGAUACAGGACGCCCAAGAAGCCUGAUUCGCGUUUUCAAGGAAAUAAAUACCAGAAAGAAGCUCCAGAUAGCGGUCGAAAGUCCCAAACCUGUCGUAACUGUGGAGGUAAAUUCCCGCACAAAGACGGAAUAGAGUCCUGCCCAGCUAGAGGUAAACCUUGCCACAACUGCAAGAAAAUCGGUCAUUUUGCAAAAUAUUGCAGAUCUCAAUCUAAGGACAGUGGAAAUGUCAGACAUGUCAACCAAGAGAAAAGUCGUGAUUAUCUUCAAGAAUCGGACGAUGAAUUUCUUUUUACUGUCAACACAAGCUCGGGUAAACAUCCAGAAACGCAAGUACAGAUUGGACACACUAAAGUAAACAUUCUGAUUGAUUCCGGAGCCUCUGUUAACCUUCUGAACUACCCAAUUUUUCAACAAAUUCAGAAAGACGACAACCGUAUCAAGUUACAAAAGACCAAUGCCAGAAUCUUUGCAUAUGGAACACCAACACCACUCGAGUUAGCCGGAGAAUUUCAAGCUACCAUCACCUCAGCAUCAGGUACAUUCAAAAUUGCUAAGUUUUAUGUAGCACAAAAGAAAUCUAAGGUAUUCUUGGAUAUGAAUCAUCUUCCUCAUUGGGACUUAUCAUCCUCAACAUCAACACCCUCAACCCGGUUCAACAAGAUCAUGAUGUACGUCGCAUUAUCAACAAACAUCCAAAGCUAUUUGAAGGAACGGGAAACCUCAAGGGACGUGAAGUGA